AUGUGUAUGUAAGAAUUUUAUGCAUUCAUAACACGUAAAUCCUAAAACAAAAGAAUAAUUUUAGCAAAAUUUUUUUAAGUAAGCAUAAUUAGCACUGAGAGUUAUCCUAAAUAUAUAGAAUUCAAUAUAGAUUAAUGCACUUACACGGGCUUUAUCGCCAUAAUUGGAAGUUAUGUAUGUCCUAUUCAAGUAUAAGUAGGCAGUCCAGGUUAGUAAUUGGCACUCUCAAUUGCAAUUAAUAGGAUUCUACCAAAGGAAGAAAUAUAAUCAGGGAUGAGUUUUUUAUUAACUAAUGAGUGUAUACUUAAGAAUAAGUGUAUGUCUUUAAUUCCAUUAAAAAAAUUUGGUACAGCAUUUAAUCCAGAACUAACCAAAUCAUUAAAUAAAACGGGAAUUAAUUAUUCAAACAUGAUCAAUGGAAGUAUAUAAAAAAUAAGCGGCGAAUAUUCAUCAGAUUUAUUUUAGAUUUCAGAUGAAAUAGAAUAAAAAAUUAGGAUUCCAUUUCUUUUAGUUGAUUCAGUGUAGACUACGAAUCCUAUUUCAGGAAUACUAAAUUUCGAAAGACAUAAUAUAAACAGCUUAAUACUUUAAGGAUAUUUGCAAAAUUAACUCAAAACACCUAAGUUUGCCAUAACAACUGAAAAUAAAGUAGGAAAGCUUUAUUAUGAUGAAAUACCAAAAUAUUUAAAUAAUGCAAUUGAGAUAAAAACGAAAUCUUCUGAUUUAUGGGAUUUAAAAAUUAUAGGUUUGCUUUUGGAAGAUAAAGAUGGAUAGCUAAUUACCUCUUAAAGAAAUACUCGCAUCUACUCACUAAGCACGAGAACGCAGUGA